AUGUCCAACCCAGGACUAUAUGGCCAAAAGCCCCAAAAGCAAUCCACAUCCGAUGCCCCCUCCUCAUCAAACCUCGCCUUCACAACAACCCUCUCUUCUCUAAUCGCCUCCGGCACCAGCGACAAAGACUCCUCGCGCCACGGCCGCACUCGACCCUCCAAAUACUCCAAAUCAGAUAUCUUCGCCCGCCCCAACAAGGGCGCCCAGAAGCGUGCAGCUGCCGAUCUCCGCGAUGACGACGACACAGCCGUCCGCCAGGUCCACCAGUCCUCGAAGGACAUAGGGUCGGUGGACACCGCGACACUGCACCGCUCAAAGCGGCGGAUGGAGGAGAAGGCACGGCAGUACGAUGAUCUGAAAAAGGGGCUUUAUCUCGCGGCCGGCAGUGAAAGUGAUGAUGAUGACGAUCAUGGGCCGAGCGCAGACGCAUAUCUAUCGCGUCUGCGCCGGAAGGAGAAAGAGGGUCUGGUUGAUUUUGAUAAGAAGUGGGCUGAUGCGGAGCGGGAAAAGGGUUCGGACGAUGAUACUGAUUCGAGCUUUGAGCACACCGAUGACGACGGCGAUAAUGCGUCGGUUGUUUCAUAUGAGGAUGAGCUUGGGCGGACGAGGCGCGGGACGAGGAAGGAGGCUGCGCAGGCCGCGAGGUUGAAGAAUGAAGCGGGUGAGAAGGAGCAGGAGAAGGAGCGCUGGCGGCCUUCGCGGCCGGAGAAUCUGAUCUACGGGGCUACGGUGCAGAGCGAGGCGUUCCAGCAGACGGAUAUAGCUGCGGAGCAGAUGGCUUAUCUUUCGAAGCGGAGGGAUCGGUCGCCGACGCCGGACGAGGUGCAUUAUGAUGCCGAUGCGGAGGUGAGGAAUCGGGGGACGGGGUUCUAUGCGUUUUCGAAGGAUGAGGAGGUAAGGAAGACGCAGAUGGAGGAGCUUUUGAACGCUAGGGUGGAAACGGAGAGAGAGCGGGAUGCUAGGCAGGAGAGACGGGUUGAGAGAGAGCGAGUGAAGGAUGAGAGGAGAAAGGAGAUAGACAAGUUGCGCGCGAAGAGGCGUGCGGAGACGUUUUUGUCUGGUUUGGGAGAGAUAGGUGUUUCGGGAUAG